AUGGUGAAAUACGUGUACGACUUUAAAAAGUUAAUGUUACUAAGAAUUAUAUUGGGCUGGUACAAUGACUACUUCAUUCCUGGAUUAACACUAAAAAUAUAUUGUGGAACAUCUCUAUUGGUUCAGCUUAUCUUUUUUAUACGCUUAAUAAUUCUAAAUAAACCGACUUAUAAUAUAAACCUUCUAUUUAAGAUUUUUGGUGUGUUGGUGGGGACUAUACCAAGUUUUAUCCUGUCUAUUCUGACAGGCGAUCGCUAUCUAUUUCUGUAUUGCAGGUGGGAUGACAUUUUAGACUCUGAUAAACAAGCCAAGCGUAUUUUCCGAAUACACCAGAUUCUGUUUGAUUCAGUACAUUUCUUUAUUAUUAUUUUCUACAUAUUAUUCUAUAUUUGCUGGUAUCUCUGUUGUACAGAAUAUAGCUUUUCGACUUACAUUACUGGAAUUAUACUUCGAUUUACAAUAGAAAUGCAAAAGAUGCCGUUGUUUUUGAUAUUCUCCGUGUUGCUCUGUCGUGUAAAGUUGUUUCAGCUGAAUAUCUGUUUAGAUCUUAAAUUUGGAAGCGAUUUUCCAUUGGAUCGUUAUGGUCAAGUUUAUUUGAACAUUCUGGAUAAGUUUAAAAAAACUUCUGCGAGUAUAACGACUUUGAUGCUAACCCAAACAUUCUUAUCCUUCUGGGAUUCUCUUAAUACUAUGUAUCUGAUUUUACAUUUCUAUCUUGCCGAAGGGCACAUUACAAGAUUCCAUGUACUACUAAUAUUACGCGUUAUACAUGGAUAUGUCAGUAUUGUAUUUCCUGUCUUCAUUAUGGAGUAUACAGCUGAUUUAUUAGAAGACAUAAAAGUACGGAUGGUUGAACAGAAAUUAAGAUGCAUAGAUGAAAAUCGUGGAGCGGAAAUAACUGAUAUGUUGAACCUAUUGAAGGAAAAGCCUAUUAGGUUCCGGAUGCUUCGCGCUUUCCCAAUUAAUAAAAGCUUUCCCUUACAAAUAACUUCAUUAAGUAUUACCUAUUUAGUAUUCAUGCUUCAAUAUAUCCGAAAUUAG